AUGGCUGUUCUCAACGUCUGCUUGUGUUCCAAUCUCCCUCCAAAUCCCAAACCCAUUCUCUCCACAACCCAAGUUUCCUCUUUGCCCUCCCUACCCACCCACCGUAUCCCCCAGGGUCUGAACCAGCCUCAGGCCUCAAAUAAUCUUGUAUUCUCUUUGGGUGAAUCGAUCUCCAGAGCAAGCUUUCUCGCUCUUCUCUCUGCUUCACUCGUCUUCGCUGCCGAUCCUGCACUCGCGUUCAAGGGUGGAGGUCCGUAUGGCUCUGAAGUGACGAGAGGCCAAGAUCUCAGUGGGAAGGAUUUUAGUGGCAAAAGUUUGAUCAAGCAAGACUUCAAAACGUCAAUACUGAGGCAAGCCAAUUUUAAGGGUGCCAAGUUACUCGGAGCUAGCUUCUUUGAUUCUGAUUUAACAGGACAAUUUGAACUUAAGAUGCGCAAAAAUGUGAGAAAAAGUUCUGAGACAGAGGAAAACAUGAUUACACAGAAAAUCUUCACCAUGGAGAUCAAAGAGGAUGGGGUCCAAUUGACAAGGUCCCCCGGAGAGCAAGUCCAAGUAGAAGCAAGUAGAGCAUGCUUUCUUGGGAAGUAG